ACAAGGCGCGUCUCUGGCAACACCAUUUUAAUAGCGUCGCGUCUUUUGUUUAAUUUAAUAUAUGUUGCGAAAAAUUAGAGAAUUAAGUUGUGUUUAAGAAUAGUAGUUUGUGUUACGAUUAUCGUCAAGUUCUUUUUUUUUACCGUACAGUGCAAAGAUGUCGAAGCCCCAGAAUGACGACACUCUGGAGCUAGAAGACAUCCUCAGCCAGCCGGUGAAGGAUAAAGAGCGCCUGGCCGCCUUUAUGCUGCGCAAGCUGGCGGAGAACAAGCCGCCCCAGAACGACAAUCUUUUUGGAAACUUUAAGCUGGACCUUAACCUGGACUUUGAUGUUCCGCUUGUCAAGAAACCCAAGCAGAGGGCACCAGAAGCGCAGCCCCUGCAGAAGCUUACCAGCCCGACCAGUUCCACCUCCGCACAAUCUAAUAAGCCGCCUGUGGACCAGGAAUCCAAUGAGAACCGCCCACCACUAACAUCGCCCACCCUGUCGCCUAACCAUAGGCGUUCCCUGCGUCGCAGCGGAAAUGUUCCGAGCGCUGACAAACUGCGCCGCCAUGCUAUCCGCCGGCGCUCCCGAAGCUGCGGACGGCAACUGCUUCCAGAAUUCAACGAUGCAGUCAAUGUGACCCGCAGCUUCUCCAGUCCCGAAAACUUUGUGCCGAAAAUAAGCAGCACACCUUGCGCAGAGAAACCAAAGGAGACAGCAGUUCAAAGCCCAGUCGAGGAACUGGCACAGAAUGUAGAAGAAAAGGCUAAAAACCCGGAAACACGAGAAGAGAAAUCGGUACGGCCGGAAGUCAUGUCUCCUGCCAAGACUUCCUCGCCGGCCGCUGAAAUCGCAGAACUCUGCAUGGAGCGGCGGAACUCCUUUCACAGUAAUGUGCUGCAACUGGACUAUACUGGGCGAGCGCCUUACUCGCGUCCCGGAACACCGAGUUCACCAUCUGGGUCGGGCGCACGACGCACAUACACUAUGGAAAGAGGCCCGGCACCCGGUCAGUUAUUGCUGUCGCCUUCACAGCGCAACAGUUAUAUACCCGUCAAGCAGCCAGUGGUAAAGAUGAAGCGGAUCAACCAAGAAGUUGUAGUACCUAACACUCCAGAACGGCCAAGCCACGAACCCGCCUGGCAAUCGCAGCCGCAGCCGGAGUUUGUGGUGCCGGAAACACAGCCUCAGGAUCUGGGAGAGCUGGUGCAAACUCUGUCGCGAACUGCCAGCUGCCCCAUUGUUGUAAUAAACACACAAAGUCCAAAUAAGAGUGUAAGGAGGGAUUCGGUUCAACUGGAAUCUGUUCCUUCAUCACAAGCUGCCACGAUACAAGCUCCAACAUCUUCUGAACUGAAAGCUCCAACAUCUUCUGAACUGAAAGCUCCAACAUCUUCUGAACUGAAAGCUCCUGCUUCUCCUCCCGAGUCCAGGGGCCAAAUCUCGCGGGUCGAAGAAAAUCUGAAUGCAAUAAUGACCGAUGACGAGAGCGAUGAGCAGACCAGCACGGUGGCACUGAAUCUUGCUCCGCCUGGGGGGAACACAACACGUCAGCGCCGCCUGCGCAAUAAUAAUCGGAAUAGAGUUACUGCCGAAGCCCAGGAGAGUUCCAUGCGCCUGCUUGACCUCCACCGUUCGGUCAACGCCAAGAAAACGAUGACUCGUAUGACGACUAUACCACUAAACAAGGCUCCCAGCGCCCCCAUUAAUGGGGAGCAGUUUGCCAUCGAGCUGACCCGCAUGAGUAACUACGAGAUUUUGGAUCUCCGCAAGCGCAACUCGUUGAACGAGGUAUAUCCUUUAAAUGGGCAUCGCAAGCGCUCUUCGAAGCAGAAAAUUAUCCUAGAGGAAGAGAUACAGCGCGAGCUGCAGCGAAGAAAACUAAUGGACGAGGUCGACGGCUUACCUGGAAAACCAUCCUCUGGAGACUCCGAGGAUUCCGAUACGUGGGAGCCGGUUCAGCGAAGGUCAAGCCGUCGACGUGGAAGCAAAGAACGGACGCAGCGCAAAUCGCGCUCUAAGCGAAGGGAUCUUCCAAUGACAAAUGAGCUGAAGAACUAUUUGGGACUUUCCACCACCAUUGAGGCUCGGCGAAAGCUAUCACAGGAAGGCAAACGCAGCCUUUACACAAAGGGGGACUCUGUUGAUGAAGACCAUUUUUCCUCAUCGCCGGUAAAGCUUCCCAGGUUAAGCAGAAGCAUUCAAAUUGUUCCGCCACCGCCAGCUUCCCUGCGCUUUUCACAAUCACUGCAGCACUUGCACCGCAGCAACAAAUUCGAUUUCGACCAUGUGAUGCCGGCGCCACCAGAAUUCCACGAUGAGCCGGAAAGAAACACAACUGAGAUCGCUCCUCCACCUCUACAGUUUGUAGAAUGUACACCAACAUCACCACCGGAGCCCGAUCUCCAGAACGAAGACGAUGAGCAGCCAAUAAUGUCCCGUAGCAGAGUCAAGAAAAAGGAUAACCAAUUGGUGCCACCUCCUAUGGAGUAUAUUGAAGAAACGGAGUUCGAAAGAAUCAAGAAAUUGGAUCGUGCAAAUGAGCAACAAAGAAGGUCGCAGAAAAGUGGCAAAAAACCUCAGCUGUCCAAUCGGAUCGAUCCAAAUACCGAUAAGAUCGAAAUGGUUCCACUCCCGUUUGAAUAUAAUGAACCACCGGAGCCACCUGAAGACGAAAAAGACGACAGCGAUGAUGGAAAACCAAGAAGAUCGCACAGAAAUGAAAAGAAAUCUCAGAGCUCAAAGACCUUUAAAAAAAGGCAAGGGAGAGCGAAAUGCUUCCGCCUCCAAUGGAGUAUAAUGAUAGCAUUGUGUACGACACUAGCAAAGAAGCUCAAAAGAGGGGGGAGAAAGAAAGAAGAAGUCCCACAUACAUUAGAGUGUAUUAAAGAUCCGAAUGACAAAAAAACCGGAUCGACUUCGGAAAAAAGGGUCACCCGAAACCUUGAGACUUCGUCUAGCAAAAAUAAAAGUCAUAAUAACAUUGUAAUAAGCAAGACUUCAAGUACUCGAGAGGAAGAUGUUAUCGAGAAAUCCGAUCGCAUGGAAUCAUUGCGUGUAUCCACUCCAACACCUCCUCUUGACCCCGGUGAUGUGCCCGGCAGAAAUCAAACUUCUCUGGAGGCUUCCUUAGCCGACGACGUGCCCAGCACAAGUCGUGCUGCUUUGGAGGCACUGCAGCGCAGUCAAUCAAAGGCAAUGAUUCCCACGCCGGAAGUAACAAAUGACGACGUGGUGUUUAAGAAACCAUUAAUGCGAGCACCACGUGCGAGAUCGAAGAAAUCUAAAAGUGAGGUAGACAAAUUGAAGCUUUCCAAAAUUCCAGUGGAGACGGAGGAUCAGGACCACGAUACCUCCGGCAUUCGGCGCUCGAAGCGAGGCCAAAAACCACUCCAAAUGAGUUGGUGCCACACCAUGGAUCCUACACAGUUCGACUUUAUGAGCAACUACGUGGGGACUCAAAACCGAGGCUCCAAGUUGAAUAAGCGGACUCCGAGUAGGACCAAAAAAACGAGUGUCCCAGGACCAAAGCCAUCGGUGCCGGAGAACUCAACCGAGAGCCGGGGACCAUUGUGCAGCAGUACCCCACGAAUUUCCGAUAAGGGGCCCGAGAAUAUGCCGAACUCUGAAUCCCUUGGGGUUAGCCCACUGGCAUGGGAAGAGUCUGCGGUGUUGGCAGAGGCUAAAAAGGAACCCAAGAGGAGGAGGGGGCGUCCAAAGAAGGGGGUGGAAGCGGAGCAAUCUGAAAAUGGGUCCGAGCCGGAACUGGGGCCAAUGGAACCAUUGGUAACUCCGCUCAGAAACGAUGAGGAAGAGCAGUAUCAGCCUAUGGUCUCCUCCGUGACUCCCUCAGUGGACACACAAGAAAGGGCACCGAUUUCGGAGCCGGGACGCGAGCACAUUGUGUCCUCCGUAAGUUCGAUCAGAAACGAGCAGGAGGAAGCCUCCAUUCAACUGAUGAACUGGCUGCGAGGCGUUAGCGAUGCCCAACCCGUUGUCAGCAUGUCGGAAGGAAACUCGAGUGUCUCUCAUGCAAAUGAAUUGAUGUUUACCCAGGUGGACGGCAUCGACUAUGCUUUCUAUAAUACCAAAGAGAAAGCCACUUUGGGCUACAUGCGAUUUAAACCUCACCAGACUCGAAAUAAGAAGAGGGCCAAAGUCCAUCCUUUGAAAUUCGUUGUGCAAUUUGGUGAAUUUACCGUGCAGACUAUGGCCUUGGGCGAAGAGCAGGGAUCGCAUUUUGUCCUCCGCGUGGGCGACAUGAUUCAAAUAGAACCAGGCACCAAGUAUAGUAUUCAAAAUUCGGUAGACAGUGUGAGUGUUCUACUGGUUAUCCGCAGUUAGUUAACUCUUUUGUAAUUGUACGCUUAUGAAGGAACGAAUUAUAUUUUUUACGUUUUCAUCACAGAAAAUAAAAAUAAUAAAAUGUUGUUUUGUUUAAAAAUAU